AUGGUAGACGAUGUUGUGUUCUAUUCGUCAUUGCUAGUGUGCUUGUCCCUGGGUGGUUAUUAUAAAAAAAUUGAUGACCUAGAGAUGAAGCGAAACUAUGGGGCAGGCUUGGGACUUUUAGUGGCUUGUCUGGUUUGUGGCCACAAUGUGUACCACUCCGUAUUCAUUGUUUGGGGCAAUAUCAUCAUUAUCAAAUGCUGCGACAAACGAUACAUCCACCAAAUGAGUUUGGCAUACACAUGGAUAUACCUUAUCUACCUGCAUGUGACUCUUCGCUCCGUGUACGCUAUUUGGAUGCAUCAGACGAUAGCACUAAGGCUGGUGGGCCUGGCGUUCGAAGUAUAUAUGGCUGCCAAACCUCAGAAGAAUAAGCCUACGUCCAGUAAGCAGUCGAUGGAGAAAUAUACCGGCAUCGAACCUGAUGUCUCAAGCGUGGAUCCAUCUGCUGUCGACAUUAUUACGUAUUCUUAUUUCUUCGUUGGUUUACAUAGAGGUCCAUACUUUAGAUGGAAAUUAUUCGAAGACCAUUUCUACGCUCCGUUCGGAGUUCUGGGCGACUGCCGAAUCAUAACUGAACACAAGUUAAAAAAAGCGCUGGUGUGCUACUUGGGGUAUUUACUCUUGAAACUCCAAUUUAGUCCUGACGCGUACUAUGACGACGAGUUCUACAAGUCGUUCGGCAGCGAGUCCCGGUACCUGUACAACGUGCCGCAGCUGGCGAUGUACUUCCUCCACUACCAGACCAUCAUGCUGCUGUGUACCAGCGUCUGUACCGAGUCCGGCUUCGGCGUCUACCCGGUGAAGUGCCAGCCGGUGCCCGGGCACGGACCCACGGCCGGCGGCAGCUUGCUUAAAUUGGCAUCUACAACAACAGACGUGGCUCUGCAGCAAGAGUACAACUUCUCGAUGCUGAAGUGCUUCGAUAACGAGAAGAUCCUGUUCGGGCCCAAGAUGCGGGACACCAUCCGCAGCUGGGACAUGUCCACCAGAUACUGGUUCUCCACCUACAUGUACAAACAGUUCUUUAAAACUAACAAGGAAAUAAGAAGUGCAUGUUCGUUCGCGGCGUGGUGCGUGUGGCGGGGACCAUCGCUGCAGCAUCUGAUCAUGGCCGCCACGCUGUGGGUCUACGUGCAGCUUGAAUCUGAGUAUUCUGAGUUGUACGACGCUAACGAUACGUUAUGUUUCCCGUGGAACCUGGGUUUCUCGCUCAUGCGGCUGUUCUGCCUCCUGUACCUGACUCCUUGCUUCAUCCUCAACGACACGGCCACAGUCUUCAGAUACUACAACUCUAUAUACUGGGUAUACCACAUCAUCCUGCUCGUGUUAUUAGUAGCCGUAGCAGUCUGUUACAAGAUAAAACGCACAUAGAAAAUUGAAUAUUGUAAAUCGAACUACG